AUGACGAAAGCUAACAAGAUUAUACCAAAAAUUGUUUGCGCAGGGAUAGGCUUUGGACUCGCGUUCUUGUUGUUUUUAGUAAUUGGUUCAAUAAAUAUAUUCUUCAGAAAAAGAAAACUGAUGAAAAAAAGAGAUAAAUUCUUUGAGCAGAAUGGAGGAGUAUUGUUAAGCCAACAACUUCGUCCAAAUGGAGGAACUAUGGACUCAUCUAAAAUAUUUUCUAUUGAAGAACUACAAGAAGCAACAAAUAACUAUCACGAAGAUCGUAUUUUAGGUAAAGGUGGUUAUGGUACAGUGUACAAGGGAAUUCUUAAGGACGGUCGUGAAGUUGCAAUAAAGAAAUCCCGAGUGACUGAUCGAACACAAGUUGAGCAAUUCAUAAACGAAGUUGUUAUUCUAACUCAAAUCAACCAUCGAAAUGUGGUUAAACUCUUAGGGUGCUGUCUUGAAACCGAGGUUCCAUUGCUCGUGUAUGAAUUUAUCUCGAAUGGUACUCUCUUUGAACAUCUCCAUAGAAAUAAGGGUGUCACGUCUUGGCUUACUUGGGCUAAUUGCACUAAACUUGUUGCGGAGGCUGCUGAUGCACUUUCAUAUCUUCAUUCAGCGGCUUCAAUACCAAUUAUUCAUCGAGAUGUUAAAUCCAGCAACAUUUUAUUAGACGAAAAUUAUACUGCUAAGAUAUCUGAUUUCGGUGCUUCAAGGUUGGUUCCGAUUGAUCAAACUCAGGUGACAACAUUAGUUCAAGGGACGUUAGGAUAUUUAGAUCCGGAGUACUUCCAAACAAGUCAAUUGACCGAGAAAAGUGAUGUGUAUAGUUUCGGAGUUCUACUUGCUGAACUCUUAACAAGAGAAAAGCCUCUUUCCUUAGAAAGAAAAAUGGAAGAGAGAAAUUUGGCAAUAUAUUUUAUUCUCUCAGUUAAAGAAGGUCGAUUAAUGGAAAUCCUUGAUCCUCAGUUGGUUAGGGAAGCUAACGAAGAGCAACUAGUUACAAUGGCGAAUCUAGCUAUGAAAUGUCUUUACGUCAUAGGUGAAGAUAGGCCAACUAUGAAGGAAGUGGCCCUUGAGCUCGAAGGAUUAAGGAGUCAAAAUAGGCAUCCUUGGACCGAUCAGAACAAUCAGGAUGAGACAAGCAAUUUAACAAGCCAAAAUGAUCUUUACCCGACGCCCUCGAAUGCUAAUUAUAAUGGCAAUCCAAGCACUGGAGAAUUCACGACUGGACAGUACACAAUGCAAAUCGAUAUGAUUAACGAAAUGAACCACCCUCGCUAAUGCUCAGUCAUGCAUGAUUAUGUAAGAAUUUACAAGGCAAAAACCAUCAUAAUCCGGAUAUAUACAGAUGUUUUGGUUGUUGUAUGUGUUUCCUAUAAAUUGUUGAUCUUUGAAUUUGUAUUUUUUUUCUUAUGGUAACUAAAAAUUUGUAUUACUCCAAAUACAUUAUACAACCUCAUGA